AUGGCUACGGUACGGGACAAAUUUCGCGGGCUGCUGCAGCAUCCGUACGAACCGCUGUUUCUGCCCAAAAACCAGGGCCAACUGUUCUACGAUCUGCCGGAGAAUUUCUUCACCGAACGGUACCGACCGAUCGGGCAGAAUUUGAUCAAUCGGUUCGGUGCGUCCGCCAUACCGCCACAGGGUGCGAGCGCGGACACGCCUGUGAUGAAUCGCGUCUCGAUCAACAGUAUCCAGGAGCCGGAUUUAGCGUUUGCCGAGGCCAUUCCGCGGCGUGGUGCCUUUUCGCUCUUCAUUCCGGCGCAUCGCCAGAUCGCGGGACGCUUGAUCGCGCUAUUUCUGGAGCAACCGGACGCAGACACGCUGGGCGAUGUGGCGGCAUUCGCGCGUGAUCGUCUGAACGGGCCACUGUUUCAGUACGCUCUGUCCAGUGCGGUGCUGCAUCGCACGGAUACGGAAGAUGUGCCGGUGCCUUCGUUUUUGCACCUGUUUCCAGACCGGUUUGUAGAUCCGGCCAUAUUCCCACAAAUGCUGGAGGAAGGUCGUGCUGUUUUGCAAGCAAACCGGAUGUCCGUAGACAUUCCGAUGAACUACACAGCCUCAGAACGUGUGACGGAGCAGCGGUUGGCGUACUUCCGCGAGGAUAUCGGUGUGAACCUGCACCACUGGCACUGGCAUCUGGUGUAUCCCGGGGAUGGGCCCGAUCGAGUAGUGCGAAAGAACCGCCGCGGUGAGCUUUUCUACUACAUGCAUCAGCAGAUGAUUGCCAGAUAUCAGGUCGAGCGGUACAGCCAGGGGUUGGGCAAUGUGACGCAACUAAACAACCUUCGGGCACCCGUUCCGGAACCGUACUAUCCGAAAAUUCUGCGAAGUGCCAACAAUCGUACGUAUCCGGCACGGUACACCAACAUGACGAUGGAAGAUGUCCAGCGCGCCGACGAUCAGCUGCGGGUGAUCAUUGCGGAUGUGGAGCGUCAACUUCAACGCAUCGUCGAAGCGAUCGAUGCGGGCGUAGUCGUGCAGCCAGGAGGACAACGCACCCAGCUGGACAAUUUCCGGGGCAUUGACAUCCUGGGGGAUAUUAUUGAGAGUUCUGCCCUGUCGGUUAAUCGGGACUUUUACGGCGAUACGCACAACAGCGGACACAUUCUGCUUUCCUUCAUCCACGAUCCGCGGGGCGAAUUUCUGGAGAGCUUCGGCGUGAUGGGUGACGUGACGACGGCCAUGCGCGAUCCCAUCUUCUACCGUUGGCACACUUACGUGAACAAUCUGUUCCAGCGCCACAAGCUACGGUUUGCGCCGUACGGUCCAGCUGACCUGAGCAAUCCGGGCGUUAUCCUGAACAGCCUCGAAACGGAGCUGGAUCGUCAGGGAAGUGUGAAGAAUUUGUUCCUCACGUUCUGGCAACGUUCGCAGGUCGAUCUGGGCGCGGGGCUGGAUUUCGGCCCGGAGGGCAACGUGUUCGUUACCUUCACACACCUGCAGCAUGCCCCGUUCAACUUCCGGCUGCAGGUAGCUUACACUGGCCAACCGAAGCCCGCGACAGUGCGCCUCUUUCUCGCACCGAAACGCAACGAACGUGGCGCGACGCUGACGUUCGAGGAGCAACGACGGCUUGCCAUCGAGAUGGAUACCUUCCGGGUGAACUUGCUGCCUGGCACGAACAACAUCAUACGCCGCUCGGUGAACUCGAGCGUCACGAUCCCGUACGAGCGGACCUUCCGCAACGUGGGCCAAUCGAACGCGGGUGAUGAAUCGUUCCGGUUCUGCGGGUGCGGAUGGCCAUCGCAUAUGCUUGUGCCGAAGGGUGAUGCAAUCGGCGUGGAGUAUGAUCUGUUCGCUAUGCUGUCCAACCACGAGCGGGAUGUAGUGAAUCCGCUGUUUGACGAAAAAAUGGGAUGCAACGAUGCACAUUCGUUCUGCGGUUUGCGUGAUCGUACGUAUCCGGAUGCCCGCAACAUGGGUUUCCCGCUCGAUCGUCGCGUACCGAACGGGGUUCAAUCGUUUAAGGACUUCAUUGCGCCAUAUCCGAACAUGCGUGUCGCCACGGUGACGGUUCGCUUCACCAACACGGUCGUGCGCAAAAUGUCGGACAUCGAAACAGGAUUCCUGUGUCUGAUGACACGUCCAACGGAGCCACUGUUCUAUCCAAAGUACAACGGCGAGAUCUACAUGGAUCUACCCAGCGAGUAUCUGCCGGAGCGCUAUCAACCCAUUGCGGACGCCAUUAAAACACAACACGGAUCGGUUGCGAAGCACCACAUCACCAUCAAACCGGUUGCCGAGUUGCCGGACUUCAGCUACACGGCCCGUGUACCACGCGACGGUGACUUUAAUCUGUUCAAUCCCGCCCAACGGCAUACCGCGGGCCGGUUGAUCGCGGAUCUGAUCGCCCAGCCCGACCCGGAAACGAUGCUAUCGGUGGCCGCCUAUGCGCGCGAUCGUCUCAACCCGACCAUGUUCCAGUAUGCGCUGGCCGUCGCGUUGGUGCAUCGGAAGGAUACGGGCAGCGUACCGGUGCCAUCGUUUCUGGAAAUGUUUCCCACCCGGUUCGUCGAUCCGGCCCUGUUUCCCAAGCUGCGCGAGGAGGGUUUCGCCGUGCGGCAGGGGCAACGGGUGGCAAUCGAGGUGCCACACAAUGCGACCGCAUCGGAGGCCGAUCCGGAGCAGCAGUUGGCGUACUUCCGCGAGGACAUCGGCGUGAACUUGCACCAUUGGCACUGGCAUCUGGUGUACCCGCAGGAGGGCCCGCUGGAGGUGGUGGGUAAGGAUCGACGGGGCGAGCUGUUCUACUACAUGCACCGUCAGAUCACGGCGCGCUACAACGUGGAACGGUUCUGCAAUCGGAUGCCAGCGACGAAAGCGUUGAAAAAUAUGCGCGAACCCAUCCCGGAGGCGUACUUUCCGAAGUUGCUGAACAGUGCGCUCAACAGAACGUACCCGGGCCGAGCGGCCAACAUGGUGCUGAGUCAUGUCAACCGUCCGGAAGAUGACGCCGUCACGACCAUUCUGGAGCUGGAAGCAUCGCUGGGAAAGAUCAAAGAGGCAAUACGGUCAGGAUUUGCCCUCGCGGAGGACGGCACGCGAGUCCCGCUGGAUGCAACGAUCGGGAUCGAUGUGCUUGGAAAUCUCAUCGAAAACUCGGAUCUUUCGGUGAAUGUGCCGUACUACGGCAACUACCAUUCGCUCGGCCACGUCCUCAUCGGGUACAUCCACGAUCCGGACAAUCUGUACCACGAAGGGCACGGUGUGAUGGGUGAGUUCACCACGGCGAUGCGCGAUCCCACCUUUUACCGUUUCCAUCACCACGUGGACGAUGUGUUCGAUAUGCACAAGCAGAAGCUUCCGGCGUACAGCGAGCCGGAGCUUUCGUUUCCGGGCGUAUCGAUCGCGGACGCCACGGUACAAAUAACGAGUGGCAAGGCGGCCCGAAACCGGUUGCUCACCUUCUGGCAACGGUCGCAGGUUGAUCUGGGGACGGGGUUAGAUUUUGGCCCGCAUGGUAACGUGUUGGUAACGUUUACCCACCUUCAGCACGCACCGUUCGCGUAUCAAAUCAUGGUGCACAACGAAACGGCCGAACAGAAGAAGGGUACGGUGCGGAUCUUCCUGGCGCCGAUUUACGAUGCCCAGGGCGAACAGCUGCUGUUGAGCGAGCAGCGUCGUUACGUGGUGGAGAUGGACAAGUUUGUCGUGAGCUUGCAUCCGGGUGAAAAUAGAAUCAUCCGACAUUCGGAGCAAUCGAGCGUGACCAUACCGUACGAAAGGACUUUCCGGCGGGUCGAUGCCUCCAACAUGCCCGGCUCGGAAAGCUUUCGGUUCUGCAAUUGUGGCUGGCCUGCUCAUAUGCUGCUGCCCAAGGGCCAUCCCGAUGGGCAACCGUUCGAACUGUUUAUUAUGGUGUCUGACUACAAGGAUGAUGCAGUUCGUCAGGGUUUUAAUCCGAACGAGAACUGUAACGAUUCACACUCGUACUGUGGCUUGCGGGAUCAGCUGUACCCCGAUCGUCGUGCCAUGGGCUUCCCCUUCGAUCGUUUGCCGUCUUCCGAAGAUCAUUUGAUGAGAGAUUUUGUUGGUCGAUUUUCCAACAUGAGUCGCACUGUGGCGGAGGUACUGUUUACCAAUACGGUCAUUUCGCGCACAUAA